AAAUCGCGUUUGAGGUUAGGUUACAGUUAGAACUUGUCGCGUAUUCGUUUAAAGAUUGUGUGAAGAAGCAUGUGUUAUGCAUAAAACGAAAAAUAUCGUCCAGUUAAUUUACCAACACAUUUAUUAAACGCGUAAAUUUGAUCUGUUUCAAUAGUUUCAUUAAAAUUUUCACGAAUAAAAUUUAACUAAUAAUGAAACCCACAUUGUUCGAUCGCUCUUUUCUACGUGCAAAUUUUUGCUAUCGGAGAUUACGUUAUUGCACUUCUACUGCAACAGCAACAGAAUUAUGCGACAAUAAAAGACUGACAGAUUUUCCUGCAACAUUUAAGCCAAAGGAUGUCGAAAAAGGCUGGUAUGAUAUUUGGCAAUGUAAUAAAUACUUUGCAUCAUCCAGAACAAGGAGAAAGACGAGCAAUAGCAUACAAGAGGAAAAAGAAGUCAAGGAACCUUUCAGUAUGGUCCUACCACCACCUAAUAUUACAGGAGUAUUACAUCUAGGUCAUGCACUUACUGUUACAAUCCAAGAUGUUUUAGCAAGAUGGCACAGAAUGAAGGGUCAUCCAGUAAUGUGGAUACCAGGUCUGGACCAUGCGGGAAUUGCAACACAGGCAAUAGUGGAGCGUACUUUGCAGCAUACGCGUAACACCACACGACACGAUGUAGGCCGUGCCGAAUUUACGCGAAUAAUCUGGCAGUGGAAAGCCGAGAAGGCUGCAAUUAUCAAACAGCAGUUGAAAAAUCUUGGUGCCACGCUCGAUUGGGACAGAGAAUACUUUACCAUCGAUAAAAAUCAUAGUGCAGCGGUAACAGAAACGUUUGUACGGUUAAACGAGAGAAAUUUAUUGUACAGAGCCAAAGAUCUCGUUAAUUGGUCGCCGGCGUUGCGCAGUACAAUCUCAGAAAUUGAAGUUGAAGACUUGGUAGUAAAUGGCAAGACACGACUUCAGUUACCUGGCUACGAUAGCAAGAUCACCGUCGGCCAACUAAUUAAACUGGCUUAUCCAAUCAGAGAUUCAAAGGAAGAACUAAUAGUUGCAACGACCAGACCUGAGACAAUUUUUGGAGAUGUCGCAAUUGCUGUGCAUCCUAACGAUGAGAGAUAUUCGAAAUAUAUUGGUCGGCACGUUUUACAUCCAAUAAGAGAAAUUUUUAUACCUAUUAUAGCUGACUCUUCGGUUAAGAGAGAAUUUGGCACCGGUGCAGUGAAAAUUACACCAGCACAUAAUCGCUUAGACUACGAUAUCGCCAAAAGACAUAGCUUGCCAGUUAUCAACGUUAUUGACGAAGAUGGCAACAUGACAGACGCCUGCAAGGAAUUCAAGGGAGUUCCGAGGUUUAUUGCACGGAAGAGAUUAAUGAAUCAACUCGCGACGCGUGGCAUGAUGAGAGGUGUGGAAGAUAAUCAUCAGAUGAUUCUGCCACUGUGUUCCCGUACAAACGACGUGGUCGAGUAUUUGCCGAAGGAACAGUGGUUUCUACGCUGCACGACAAUGGCCGAGCGAGCACGUGAAGUCGUGGCGAAUGGUAAACUGAAAAUCGAUCCGAGCGAUGAUGGCAUCCAUGAACAAAUGUGGUAUAAUUGGCUUGAAAACGCUAGAGACUGGUGCGUAUCGAGACAGUUAUGGUGGGGUCAUCGCAUUCCAGCAUAUUCUGUAAUUCAUGAUGAUAAUAAAGACGACGAUGGUGAUCGAAAUAUUUUUUUCACCGGUAACAACGCCACUUCAUGGAUUGUCGCACAAUCCGAAGAAGUAGCGCGUUCUCAAGCACGGGAAAAGUAUGGAGAUAAUGUGAGCUUGCGUCAGGACCCAGAUGUUCUCGACACAUGGUUCUCUUCGACAAUUGUGCCAUUCGCGACGCUUGGUUGGCCGAAAAACACGGAAGAUAUGGCAAGAUACUAUCCGUUAACACUGAUGGAAACAGGCCACGAUAUCCUCGUAUUCUGGGUAGCGAGAAUGGUGAUGCUAAGUCUGGAAUUGACACAGCGUUUACCGUUUAAAGAAGUUCUACUUCACGGCGUUUUGUGCGACGGCAACGGCAGAAAAAUGUCCAAGAGCUCUGGCAACGUCAUCUUGCCAGAAAACAUUAUUAAUGGCUGUUCUUUUCAGGAACUAAAUGAGCAAGCGAGACGCAGUCACGCGGCGGGUAUUCUCAGCGCUGAAGAGUUGCAGCGAACACUGCGUGUCAAUGCAAAAUCAUAUUCUGCGGGAAUACCAGAUUGCGGUGCCGAUGCUUUGAGACUAUCGUUAUGUGCACGCAAUAUUAAGAAUCACACUAUCAGUUUUGAUGUAGAUGAUUGUCGAACAAGCAAGUAUUUCUGUAACAAGAUCUGGCAGGUAAGCAAAUACGUAUUAUUGAUAACAAAGGAGGACCAACAACAUGAAAGUGAAAGAGAAGAAAAUUUAAACGAUUUAGAUCAUUGGAUUCUAAGUCGAUUAUCAUGGAUGGUGGGAAUAGUGAACGAUGCAUUUGCUGAGCGAAAUUUUCAUAAAGCGAUUGCCGCAAUUCGCCAAUUUUUGUACUACGAAUUCUGUGAUUUCUACGUGGAAGGUACAAAAUUUGGAUUCAAAAGCGGCAAUCCCGCUGGGCAUUCGAGUACUCUUGCAAAAUGUCUGGAAGUGUCAUUACGUAUUCUUGCACCUGUUGCACCCUACCUGUCAGAUGAUUUGUAUCUAAGACUUGCCAAGAAGGGACUCCCAGGAUUUUUUUCAGUUGCCUCGUUACUAGAGACUUCCUAUCCCAUGCCACACGAAUUUAAAUAUCUGAGAAACGUCGAAUUGGAAGAAAGGAUGCAUGAACUUAUAGAUGUGAUAAAUACAAUCAGAAGUUGCAUGGCGAACGUAAGCAAGAAGUCAAAUCCAGAAGUUAAUAUUUUACUUGGCAAUAUACGCGAUUACAAUUUUUAUCGGGAAAACGUGAACAUGAUUAAAGGAGUAAGCAGAAUCUGGAAUGUGUCUGUUCACUUGACGGAAUCAGCGAAUGAUGGCAAUUUUAACGAGACGAGAAACAAUUCCGACGGCGGUGUUUAUACCAUUCAAUACACACAUACAAACGAUUGUUCGUUAUUCAUUACAGUUAUGGAUUCAUCAGUGUUGGAACAAGUUAAGAAGAAUAUUGAGAAGAAGGAUAAAUUGGAAAAAACAUAUUAAAAGAGACACAAUUAAGCAGUACUCGUGCAAUAGCUUCUGCUUAUUUAUAUCUUUCGUCUGUGGAUAUAAUCAUAUAUAUAAAAUAAUUAACGUAAUUAAUAUAUAAAUAAAAAAAGAACUAUUCUGUACAAA